AUGCCGGAACAUGUCGAUGUGGGCCGAUCCUUGGUUGGUCCUCAAGGAGUUCAAGGCGGUGAAGGAGCAGAAGAAGACUUGGAAAGCUGGGUCAGAGAGAUGCAGGGAGCAGCGCCGAAUGUCGGAGAGGAGAAGAAAACCAUGCCAACGGCGAUGGAGCAGGAUCAAGGGGAGGGUGCGACAGCGACAGCGACCUCGAGGGCCGAGGCUUCUCCAGAGGGGACAAGGAACGACCGUGAGGACGAACAGGAGAUGUCAGAGGGGUUGGGACACCGAGAAGGAGACGCUGAGUUGCUGGAAGCUGCGCACAGAACGUCCGAUGAUGAGGCAGAGGGGGAGGAGGAGGAGGGAGGAGAGGAGGAGAGGGAGAUGGAAAGGUUGACGGACAAGGGAGACGAGAAGUUGAUCAGCGAUGAAUGUGAUGGAAGAGUCGGAAAUCUCGAGCAUGGAGGUGAGGGCGAGGACGUUGCUGGGGGCUGGAGCAGGAAUGAGCAGCAUGUGGAGAAGAUACGAGGUCAAGAUGCGACCAAAGGUGCUGGGGCAGGAGAUGAGCGGCAGAGGGAGGGAGAGGCGGAGGAGGCAGCUGGACGGGAUGAAGGAGAGGAGGAAGGAGAGGAAGGAAGCGGAUUGCUGGAGGUUGGCAGGGAACAGGAGAAGCAGGGAGAUAACGAAGAGGGUUCAUGGGUGGAGGAGGCCAAGGACGGACAGAUACUGCUGGAGCAUGAGAGUCAGGGAGCAGAGGAGAGAGCGCUGGAAGAAGAUACCAGGGACAGUCAAGUCGACGAACUGAACCAGAAUCGGGCUGAGCAGGAGCAGGAGCUGGAGCUGGAGCUGGAGCUGGAGCUGGAGCUGGAGGGGGAGCAGGAGCAGGAGCAAGAGCAGGAUGGGGAGGGUGAGGGGGAACUUGCUGUUGAAGAAGGGGCGCAAGGUGGAGUGGAGGAGCACGAAAUGGAAUCUGAGCAUGACUGGAUUGUAGAGACUGGAGAGCAGCAAGAAGAUACUGAGAAGGAAGGGAGACAACAGGAUCAAUCUUUUAGCAGAGAUGAAGAGGAAGACAAGAAAGAGGAGGAGAAAGAGGAGGAGAAGGAGAAAGAGGAGGAGGAGGGAGAAGUUGCAGAGCGAGAGCUGAAGUUGGAAGCGGAGCAGAAUCAGGGCAAGGUCAAGGACAAGGAGGAGGCCGGUGAUGUCUCGAAUGCGGACAACGGAGAGGAGGAAGCAAAGGCGAUAGACGAUGGAGACUUGCUCCUUGACGAGCAGGAAGCGGGUGCGAGAGGCGCGGGACAAGCAGACGAUGGGAAGGAAGAGCAGGAGCAGGAGCAGGAGCAGGAGCAGGAGCAGGAGCAGGAGCAGGAGGUGGAUGAUGUGCAGAAGCAGGAACACGAGGAGGAGGCGGAAGAGGAGGAGGCGAGUGCAGAAGAGGAGCCUGCGGUGACAUUCAGCGUACAAGUCAAUUAUCAUGACAUGGAGGAGGAAGAACCUUGUCAAGGAGUGGAGGAACAGGAUGAGGCGGACGAUUCUCUGAAUGACGAGAAGGAGGAGGAGGAGGAGGAGGAGGGCGACAAGAUGCAGGAUGAUGAUGAUGAUGAGGAGGAGCGUGCCGAUCAGAUUGACGGACAAGAUAUCGCUGCAAAGGGCGACCAGGACUUCUUUCAAAGGAGGAUAGUCUCACAUUCAGUUGCGGCAGCCGGAGCUGGAGCAGGAGCAGGAGCCGGAGCGGUGGGGUUCAGAUAUCCAACGCGCCCUCCUCCUCCUCUCGCUGCUGCUGCUGCUGCUGAAGAUUUGCCUGCUGCUGCUUCACCAAAUCAUAGGAGAAAACUCCGUCAAGCUGACCAGCAGCCGUCAGUAGGCAACGCUCCCUCCUCUCAGCUCUCAGCUCCUCCUCUCCCCUCCCCCUCCCCUCCUGCCCCACCUCUCGCCCUGGAUGUUCGUGGGGACCCUCAGGGCACACGGAGGAGGAUGGAGGAGCUGCUGGGCAAGCUGACGGAGAGACUGGGGCAGGUGGAAGAGAAGAUAAGGGAGAUCGAGAGGGAGCUGGAGGGCAAGGAGGGGCUUGCCGGGGGAGCCGUUCAGGUCCUUGAGGAGCGAAGGAGGAGACUGCAGGAGAUGAAAGUUCACCUGCUCCGUGCCGUCGAUCACCAGCGGCUCCUGCUGAGCCCGAGCGAGGAGGAGAAUCAUGGCUCAGUAGGGCAGCAGCAGGAGGCGGAGGCGGAGGCGGAGGCGGAGGCAGAGGAGGGGUCCCCUCGCGCCGCUUCUCCUGGCAGGGGCUACCCUGCUCGAUUGCCCUCCGCCUCCCAGUCAGUUCAGGAGAACCUCCCUCCGCAGAUGCCUCCUCCUCUUCCUCCUUCUGCUCCAGACAAGACCUUCCCUGCCCCGAGAAAGAAGCAGACGAAGCUCAAGCCAGUUCAAGGGAUCUCAAAAGUCCCUCCUGUCCUGUGGACAAGCAGGUCGCACAUGCAGAGGCAGCAGGCCUUCCCUCCUCCCCCUUCUCCUCCUCCUCCCGAUCGCAUCCUCCCCGACAGCCACGUCGAGAUUUCGUUCCGUGUCGUCGCUCCUCGCCGGGCUAAGAGCAUGGCCUCGUCGGACAUCCUUAGGAGGCUGGUGGGCAAUCAGAUUGCCAUGGAAGCACGAUUCAGGCAAGCCGAGCAGCCGCUUGCUGUACGCCCCGCCGUUCCCCGCAGCAUGCAUCACCUACGUCUCUUCUCCUAG